CCUAGAAGCCUCACAUAUUUUCCUCUCACGGCGAGAGGAGGGCAGAGAAGACAGGGAGCGCCGCCUGCCCUCACAUGAUGUGGCUGACUCUUCUGUACAGUAUCACCGGUGGAGCUGCUCUCCUGUAUGCUCUCUACAGAUGGCUGAUCCCAGCUGUUGUGCAGUAUCAUGCAGGACUGGCGCUGAUCUGGCAUGAUGUCAUUGUGGAGCGGAUACUGGACACUGUGACCCAGUCCACUCGUCCUCAGAGGAUCCUGGGUGCAGUACAGCAGAACGCCACCAGAGGGGACCCUCGCAGCGUGGUGAGAGCCAUCGAUCAGUACUGCAGGAACCAGGAGUGGGCCAUGAAUGUGGGGGAUGAGAAAGGCUGCAUCCUGGACUCAGUUGUGUCUGAGGUGAACCCGGCCACAGUGUUGGAGCUGGGAACGUACUGCGGAUACUCCACGGUGCGCAUCGCCAGCCUGCUGCCCCCCCACGCCAAACUCAUCACUCUUGAAUUUAACCCCGAAUUCGCUGUGAUCGCUCGACAAGUCAUCGCCUGGGCGGGACUGGAGGACAAGAUCCAGUUAGUCGAAGGAGCCUCUGGAGACUUAAUCCCCAAAAUGAAGGAGCAGUUUGGGGUGGAAACGUUUGAUUUGGUGUUCCUGGAUCACUGGAAAGAUCGUUACCUCCCAGACACAAAACUGAUGGAGGAGUGUGGCCUCCUUAGGAAGGGCAGCGUCCUGCUGGCGGACAACGUCAUCUGCCCCGGAACUCCUGACUAUCUGGAGUUUGUGCGGAGCAGCCCGCGCUACGAGAGCCAAUACUUCAAAUCUCACCUGGAGUACACCAAAGUGGAGGAUGGCCUGGAGAAGUCUGUCUUCUUAGGGUAGUGUUUAACCCAAAAGCUUUUCCACAGGUGCUUGUUAACCUCUUGGUUCCCCUCAGUCUGUUCUUCUAGAAGUCUUGAAAUUAAACAUAACAUGUGAAGGAA